AUGUCCUUAAACAUCCUAGUAUUAGGUAACGGUGGUAGAGAACACGCCCUAAUUUGGAAACUCUCUCAAUCCAAAACAGUUAAAAAGAUUUACGUGGCACCAGGAAAUGGUGGUACCGCAUGCCAAAAUGACAGUAACAUCAUAAACGUUCCUGAAUUGUCCCCAAAUCCUUCCCAAUUCGAUGCUCUAAGAGAAUUUGCUUUAAAUCACGAUAUUAACUUAGUGAUUCCAGGUCCAGAACAACCUCUUGUUGAUGGUAUAACUACAAUCUUUAAUAAAGUGGGGAUCCCAGUUUUUGGUCCCUCAGCUAAAGUGGCUCAAUUGGAAGGUUCCAAGGUUUUCUCUAAACGUUUUAUGGAUAAACAUGGCAUUCCAACCGCCAAAUAUGCAUCUUUCACAGAUUUUGAGAAGGCAAAGAAAUAUCUUGCCGAAGUGGACUAUAAUGUUGUCUUAAAGGCUGAUGGUAUUGCCGCCGGAAAGGGUGUUCUAAUUCCUGAUUCCAAAGAACAAGCCUUGAAAGAUUUAGAUACUAUAAUGGUGGAAAGACAAUUCGGCUCUGCUGGUGAUUCUGUUGUUAUUGAGGAAUUCCUAGAAGGUGAAGAAAUUUCUAUCUUAACCAUUUCUGAUGGGUACACAUAUUUCAACUUACCAGCAGCUCAGGAUCAUAAAAGAAUUGGUGAAAAUGAUACCGGUCUAAAUACGGGUGGUAUGGGCGCUUAUGCUCCAGCUCCCGUUGCUACUCCCAAGCUCGUUCAAGAAAUUGAUAGAAAUAUUAUCAAGCAGACUAUUGACGGGUUGAGAAAAGAUUCAUUACCAUUUGUAGGUGUCUUGUUCACCGGUAUUAUUAUCACUAAAGAUGGUCCAAAGGUAUUAGAAUAUAAUGUUAGAUUUGGUGAUCCAGAAACACAAACAGUUUUGCCAUUAUUGACAGAAGACACUGAUUUAGCGCAAGUUUUCUUAGCUGCCGCAGAUCACAGAUUAGAUUCAGUCGAUAUCAAAGUACAACAGGAUAAAUUUGCUACUACUGUAGUCUUGGCCGCUGGUGGUUAUCCUCAAUCAUACAAUAAGGGAGAUAAGAUUUCCAUCGAUUCAAAUACAUUACCUGAGAAUACAUACGUUUUCCAUGCUGGUACGAUAAUAAAUAAUGACAAGCAACUGGUUACAAAUGGUGGAAGAGUCAUAGCGGUAUCUGCAGUAGCAGAUUCAUUAAGAAAUGCAGUGGAUAGAGCAUACAAGGCUGUGAAUUGUAUUGAUUUUAAAGAUAAGUACUUCAGAAGAGACAUUGCCCAUCGUGCCUUUGCACAAUCAACAUCUACCAAGGGAAUUACUUAUGCUGACGCUGGUGUCUCUGUGGAUAAAGGUAACUUAUUUGUUCAAAAGAUUAAGGAUAAGGUCAAGUCAACAAGAAGAUCUGGUGCUGAUUCUGAUAUUGGUGGAUUUGGUGGGUUAUUUGAUUUGAAGCAAGCAGGUUACAAUAUUGAUGAUACUUUAUUGGUUGCUGCUACCGAUGGUGUUGGUACUAAAUUAAUCAUUGCACAAGAAACAAAUAUUCAUGACACUGUAGGUAUUGAUUUGGUUGCCAUGAACGUUAACGAUUUGGUGGUACAAGGUGCCGAGCCAUUAUUGUUUUUAGACUACUUUGCUACGGGGAAAUUAGAUAUUAAGAUUGCCUCUGAUUUUGUCACUGGUGUCGCCGAUGGCUGUAUUCAAAGUGGUUGUGCUCUUGUUGGUGGUGAAACUUCAGAAAUGCCCGGUAUGUACCCAGAAGGUCAUUAUGAUACGAAUGGUACUGCUGUUGGUGCCGUUAGAAGAAAUGAUAUUCUACCUAAAAUUAAUGAAAUGACAACAGGUGAUGUUCUCUUAGGGUUAGCGUCUGAUGGUGUCCAUUCAAACGGUUUUUCUUUAGUGAGAAGGAUCAUUGAACAUAGUGGUUUACCAUGGGAUGCACCAUGUCCAUGGGAUUCUGAAAAGACAUUGGGUGAAGGAAUAUUGGUACCAACGAGGAUAUACGUGAAACAAUUAUUACCAUCUAUAAAUGAAAAGCUUCUUCUCGGAUUAGCACAUAUUACUGGUGGUGGUCUUGUCGAGAACAUUCCAAGAGCCAUACCAUCUCAUUUGCAAGCACAAGUAGACAUGGCCUCUUGGGAAGUACCAGAAGUGUUCAAAUGGUUUGGUAAAACUGGUAAUGUCCCUGUAGAUGAUAUCUUAAAGACUUUUAAUAUGGGUGUGGGUAUGGUCUUGAUUGUUAAACCUAAGAAUGUUGCUAGAGUGAAACAAUUAUUACAAGAAGCAUCCGAAACUGUUUAUGAAAUUGGUACUCUAGUUACUAGAAAGGAUGGAGAACCAGGAUGUGUAGUUAAUAAUGCCACCAAUCUGUAUUAG